AUUACCGUACGCUCCCACAUAUAAGAUUAGGCAAAAUCCAAAAGACUGGUAAUAAAAGACUCCACGCAGCUGCUCCCUCCCUUUCCUCCAUCUAACGGGAAAGGAAAUAAUCUGUAGAUCGGAAAGGUAGAAAAAAGAUGAGUACGAGUACAUCCGGUUUGUCCCUCUCUUCAGCAACGCCCGGUUCAUGUUUGAUCAUAUGCUCCAAUGGGAAAUCAUCUCCCGAAGCCAAAACCUCGAUGAUUACGUUGAAACCGGCGUUGUUUCAAUCCACUGCAACCGCCGUCAACGUUUCUAUAAAAACGACGAGAAGGGUUGUUUCCUGUCAAGCUGUCUCCGCCGCUUCCGUCGACGAGGACGAAAAUGACGCGUCGGUUUCGGGAUCGGAGGAGGAUCCGGAGGAGGAGGCUAAAGUUGGGGCCAAGGUAAGGGUAAAAGCGCCCCUCAAAGUUUAUCAUGUGAAUCGAGUCCCGGAGUUGGAUCUGAACGGCAUGGAAGGAGUGAUUAAACAAUUCGUGGGGGUCUGGAAAGGGAAAAAGAUUUCAGCUAAUCUUCCUUACAAGGUGGAGUUCGUCACUGAGAUUGAAGGACGAGGACCUGUUAAGUUCUUGUCUCAUCUUAAGGAGGAUGAAUUGGAAUUCCUUGAUUAGUAUCCUGGUUCGUAUCUGUAUAUCAGGCGCAUACUUUCUAUCCUAUAACCAUAAAAACCCAAUAAUUGCUCACUGUUUUAUGUAACUUUUACCUUCAUCUUUCAGUUCUACCUGGGAAUGGGCAUUUCUUUACUUACUUUUUUUUUUGU